AUGGUUAGCAACGAUAGAGCAGAAAAAGCCCCUGAGACCCCUCAUCGACAGGCUAUCACUCCUAAUGGGGUCUAUCAGUCGCCAAGUUCGGAGAUGUUCUCUCAGAGCCUUGAAAUGGUUACUCGAACGGAGCCCGAUCACUUUUCUCCACCUGCAUAUUCUCGCUACAGGCAUUCUGAUGAAUCCACCCUGGAACAAGGAGAGGCAUCUUUUAUAACACGGUUUGCGCACGAUAUCUCCGAGAAAAGGAAUGAAACCCUACUUGGAUUAAAGCUCGAUGCCGAAGCCGCAUUUCAAGACGAUGGGCGGCUGCAAAUCUCCUUUGGCCGUCGGUUGUCCAAAUCACUACCACCAAAUUACGCAGAGCCAGUGAAGGAAGUUGGACUCGACGAAGUGGGGUUCCACGACGCGCCUCCCAUGAACGUUAACAUCAUGAUCGUAGGAAGCAGGGGGGACGUACAGCCUUAUCUUGCACUUGGCCAGAGGCUUCAAAACUACGGCCACACCGUUCGAAUAUCGACACAUGAAACAUUUCGCAAACUAGUGAAAGACUCUGGGCUACGUUUCUUUAACAUCGGGGGAGACCCUCAUGAGCUAAUGAGCUACAUGGUUCGGAAUCCUGGACUCAUUCCUGGUUUCGAAAGUGUGCUGAAAGGCGACAUUGGGAAGAAACAAGUGAUGGUCGCUGAGAUGCUUGAAAGGUGUUGCCUAUCGUGCUAUGAAGUUGACGAAGAGUCACCGAAUGAAGGUGGAUUUGUAGCAGAUGCGAUAAUAUCCAAUCCCCCCACUUUUGCCCAUAUUCACUGUGCCGAAGCGCUUGGAAUUCCUUUACUCUUGUCAUUCACUAUGCCGUGGUGUGCUACUGCUGCCUUUCCGCACCCGCUAGUGGACAUCAAGCAGAACGGAUCACAUGAACCAAAUGCGGUAAAUUAUUACUCUUAUACCCUGGUAGAUAUGUUGACAUGGCAAGGGCUCGGCAAUGUUAUCAACAAGUUCCGUACCAAAAAGCUAGGGCUCCCCAGUUUGACAACUGCAUCAGCUGUAACCAUGAUACAGCGUAGUUCCAUCCCUUGGACUUACUGCAUCUCACCCGCGCUUGUCCCAAAACCACAAGACUGGCUGACACAUAUUGAUGUGGUUGGCUUUUAUUUCUUGGACCUGGCAAAAGAUUACGUCCCCCCUACUGAAUUGUUCGAGUUCAUUGCUUCAGGGGAGCCACCAAUAUACGUCGGAUUCGGUUCAAUUGUUUUAAAAGAUCCACAAGAAAUGACUGGGGCCAUUCUUGGAGGUAUUGCGAAGGCAGGGGUGCGAGCAAUUGUGUCACCAGGGUGGGGCGGGCUAGAUGAGGCGAUGAUCAGAGCGGCUGGACCCCAUGUGUUUGCUCUCGGGAACGCACCACACGAUUGGCUCUUUCAAUAUGUAAGCGCUGUUUGCCACCAUGGAGGGGCAGGUACAACGGCCAUUGGAUUGAAGUGCGGGAAACCUACAAUCAUCGUCCCAUUCUUUGGUGAUCAGCCAUGGUGGGCUGCUCAGCUAGCGCAGCAGGGUGCUGGGCCCGAGCCCCUGGACUCAAGGAACUUGACCUCGGACGGCUUUGCAGCUGCGAUUCGAGCUGCUCUAUCCCCAAGUAUGGUCGUGGCGGCACAAAGAAUUAGUGAGAUGAUAAAUAGCGAAGAUGGAGUCAAGAAUGGAGUAGAAUCAUUUCACAAACACCUUCCCUUACUCAAUAUGCGGUGUGAUCUUGACCCCAAACGGACUGCAGUUUGGUAUAGCCCAGCACAUAAAUUAAGACUGAGUGCAUUUUCUGCUCAGGUAUUGGCAGACCGAGGAGAGAUCGAUAUCAAUAAGCUGAAGUUACAUAGAUCCCGUGAAUACAGAACAUAUGCAUCGGCCACGGACCCUAUCAGCGGCACUGCACUCCCACUACUCAGAGUUGUCAACGGCUUCGUUCAUGGAGUAUUCAGGAUCGGUUCCACUAGACCCGAUAAAGGAGUUGCACAGAUGGUCACUUCAACCGUCGGAGGCGAGAUUACAAACGGUCCUUCAAGUGAGGUCCGUGAACCGAAACAAGUGACCGGAAUGGGCUCUGGUUUCGUGGAAGGUGGCAAGGGAUUUGCUUAUGGCUUUUACGAUGGUGUUGUUGGCUUAGUAGCUGACCCGGUGAAAGGGUUCAAGGAAAAGGGUGCUUUGGGUGCUGCCGUUGGAGUCGGCACUGGAGCACUAAACUUAACUAUUAAACCUGCUGCCGGAAUUUUCCAACUGUUCUCUAUGCCAGUGGAGGGCGGGGUCAGAGGUAUUCGUACUUUGUUUAGCAAGGAUGUCAGCCAGGAAAGAGUUGCAGCACGGCGUGCGGAAGGGAUACAUGCCCUGAAUGAAUCGAAUCAGACAGAGCAAGAAGUGGUUGUUCAAGCAUUCACCGAAUACAAGGCCAAGACGUUGCGCGAAAGAAAAGGAAAAGGAAAAGGAAAAAUGACGUAA